GUUCAAAUAUGCACUAAAUUUACUACUACUAUGUAUUUUUUUAGAAAUCUACUAUUGCUAAUUUGCCCCCAACAUUAUCUCAAAAACAAGGGCCGAAAUUAUUGGUAUGACGUAAAAACUGAAACCCGUAUUGACAGAUGUAAGCCCAAAUGUCUAAACAGGCCCAAGCCCGACUGCCAAAUGAUUCUAGUUAAACCCUAUAUACAAAAACCCGAGUAGCGUCAGCUUCACUCUCAAAUUCAUCCUGGACUCCAUUUGCUCAGCCAUGGCAAUCGAUCAAUCGACGGCCAAAAUGGCGGCGGAGGAGCAAUCUCGGAAUAGCUUAACAAAGACUUUCGCCGUCAAGCCAAAGCUCAAAUCCACUUUAAAUAAAUCUACUCCGACGGCUGAAUCGAAGUAUUGGCGAUCAUUCAAAGCCCCAAAAGACCACCAAUCUAAAACCCUAAUUUCCGCCAUAACCUCCAUCGCUUUCGCGCCCACUGCCCCGUACGACUUCGCCGUCACCCACUCCGCCACCGUCACCAUCUUCUCCUCCGAAACACUCGAGGUUAAAUCCACCAUAUCCUCCCCGUUCAAGGACACCGUCAGCUCUGCCUCCUUUCGAUCCGACUCCCGUCUCGUAGCUGCCGGAGACCAUUCCGGCGACGUCCGCGUGUUUGACGUGAAGUCCCGGCAACCUCUCCGUCGCCUCCGCGGCCACUCGCGUCCGGUUCACCUUGUCCAGUACCCGCGCUACGACAAGCUCCACCUCUUCUCCGGUGGAGAUGACGCCGUUGUCAAGUACUGGGACAUCACUACGGAAACAGAGCUCUCCAAUCUGGUGGGCCACAAAGACUAUGUCCGUUGCGGGGAUGCCUCUCCAGUCAGCGACGACAUGUUUAUCUCCGGGUCUUAUGACCAUACAGUUCGGGUUUGGGAUAUCCGGGUUCCCAGCUCCAAUUCGGGUUCCGUGAUGGAAAUCAAUCACGGAAAACCUGUUGAAGAUGUAAUUUACCUCCCUUCCGGGGGAUUAAUUGCCACGGCAGGUGGCAACUCUGUAAAAAUCUGGGACGUCAUCGGAGGCGGGAGGUUGUUGCAUACAAUGGAGAGCCACAACAAGGCGGUGACUUCACUUUGCGUUGGGCAAAUCGGGAAAAGAGAAAGCAACGGGGAGGAUGCAAAUCAGUAUAGAAUUCUGAGCGUUUCAUUGGAUGGGUAUAUGAAGGUUUUGGACUAUUCCAAGUAUAAAAUCACUCAUUCAAUGAGGUUUCCGAACCCUUUGCUCUCAGUAGCAUUCUCGCCUGAUUGCUCAACUAGGGUAAUUGGAACUUCAAAUGGGACAUUGUAUGCUGGACGAAGGAAAGUGAAGGGGAGUGUAGGAGAAGGGGAUUUAGGAGAUUACAUAGGGAAUGAACAAGAGGGGCCAACUAGGCAGCGGGCAUUGAGGCCGUCUUAUUUUAGGUAUUUCCACAGGGGACAAAAUGAGAAGCCAUCUCAGGAUGAUAAUUACGUGAUAAUGAGACCAAAGAAAGUGAAGCUAGCAGCACAUGAUAAGCUAUUGAAGAAGUUUAGGCACAAGGAAGCUCUUUUGGCUGCUUUAAGUGACAAGAACCCUGAGAAUGUUAUGGCGGUGAUGGAGGAAUUAAUUGCUCGGAGAAAGUUGCUGACUUGCGUGUCAAAUUUGGACGCUGGAGAGGAGGAGCUUGGGAUGUUGUUGAAGUUUUUGCAGAGGUAUUCGACAAUGCCUAGGUAUGCAGCACUUUGUAUGGGUUUAGCUAAAAAAGUUGUGGAAAUGAGAGGCGAGGACAUUAGAUCUUCUGAUGGGUUGAGAAGGCAUGUUAGGAAUUUGAAGAGGGACGUGGAAGAGGAGAUAAGAAUACAGCAAUCUUUGCAAGAAAUUCAGGGUAUAAUCUGUCCAAUGCUCAGAAUUGCUGCACGGAGAUAAAGUUUUGUUCUAAUUAUUAGUGUAUUUUUUUUUUUUUUAGCAUACGAGAUGUUGUUGUCAUCAAUUCAGAGAAUUGGGCGAAGGUUUGCAUUCAUGUUGGCUGAUUGAGACGCUUUGCCCUCAGUUUUGUUCUCACCAUGUCUGUUAUUGAUAAUUUCUGAUUCGUGAUUUAAACCAUGUUCUGAUUGCAAUCAUUAGUAAAAGUUAUAUACUACAUGUUGAACAUUAACACCCUGUUCUGAUUGCAAUCAUGGGUAAAAGUUAUCCAUGUUGAGUCAACAACGGUAUUCUGUGGGUUGCCUUGUAUCAAUUGUUAUUCUCACCACUGCAUUAGAAGUGUUGUCCAUGUUUUGGGGAGAACGGUUUUG